AUGGAUUAUUCAUGCAUAAGUACACGAGAUAUUUGACGUAGAGUUUUGGAAUAUUUUUGCUAUAAACUAUGUAACUAUGUUGCUGAACUAGCAUUUCAGUUCGAUUUGUUGAGUUGCGAAGAUGGUUUCCUUGUGUUUUAAAACGAUUUUCGUGAGUUGCCUCAUUUUGGCAUUGACUCAGUUUGGAAGUGUUCAACCUAGCGUUUGGUCAACAAUUGCAACCAGAAUCAAUAGAUGGGCCAGUCGAAUGGUGGAUAUAGUUGGACAUCCAUAUUCUCGAGCGGUGCGAAUCUUUCAGAGUCCAACCACAAAAGCUUUAUGCAAAAGAAAUACGGAUCAACUCAUUGAAUACUAUGGCUACCAAUCUGAGGUGCACAAUGUAACAACGAAAGAUGGUUACAUUUUAACUGUAUUCCGUUGCAAUUCAAAGAAAGAAUUUUCGGGUAAAAAGAAGGCUGUGAUACUGCAGCACGGCGUUUUGUCUUCAUCAGACGACUUCACAGUAAACAUUCCGAGCCAAGCAUUGGCAUACGUUUUCGCAGACAACGGCUAUGACGUCUUCUUACCGAAUUCCAGGGGAACUUUUUAUUCGAAGAAACAUGUGAGCUUGAGUACAAGCGAUUCACAAUUUUGGAACUUUUCCUUUUAUGAACUGGCUAUCUACGAUUAUCCCGCUGUUAUUGACUACGUACGACAUGAAACGGGCAAUUCAAAAGUUUUUCUCGUUGGCCACUCACAGGGCACUACCACUUUGAUGGCUUUGCUAGCCGAGCUACCUGAAUAUAAUCAAUAUAUAGCUGCGGCAAGUCUCAUGGCACCCGUUGGCUACUUAGGCAAUUCUGGAAUAAUUUUAAAAGCUUCCAGCAGAGUUAGUCCGAUGUUGAAGUUGUUCCAGUAUAGCGAAUUUCUACCAAGAGCUGGCCUAAGUGAUAUAACCGAAUCAUUUUGCUCGAUUGAUGUCACCAAUUUUUGUGGUCUUAUCAUUGAUCAAAUUUUCGGUCAGAGCAUCGAUCAGAGGAAUGAUACGAUGAUGAUCUCUUUUCUGUGUAAAAUACCAAGCGGCGCAGCAACUAUGCAAAUCAUCCAGUUUGGACAAGAGGUGAACUAUGGCUUCUUCGGCAAAUAUAUGGACGGCUCGAAAAUUCCUGAUGAUUUUAAUCUUUCGCGCAUUGAUGUGCCAAUCAGUCUACAUUAUUCACCUAUUGAUAAAUUCACAAAUCCAAAAGAUGUAAGUCGACUGAUUUCAAAACUAAAUCAUACGCUGGCGUUUGUUCAAACCGUCGAUUCGCCUCAAUUCAAUCAUAUCGACUUCGUCUGGGGUAAACACGCUGCUUCUAUUGUUUACUCAAAAAUUCUCGAGUUUUUUUCAAAAUAUUAAUAAGUGCUGGAGUUGAUUUGUUCUGUCAUUAAUAAAACAUUUCA